GAUCGUUUCUCUCGCGAUAAAAAAAAAUUUCAACAUUUGGGGAAGUGCAAUAGAGUGUUUAAUCUCCGAAUAUCAAAAAAAAAAAAAGUUUGUUUCCGCUGUUUUAAAAAGCAAUCGAUUUCUGUUCUGGCGUUUAGAUUGCUCCUUUUGCCUUGCUUGUCUGCCUCUUCUCGUUCUUCUUACCCUCCUCCACCUUCUCCCUCCCUAUUAACUCCAUUUUUCGCUCUCUUUUUCACAUCCUCUAAUCCUCUAUUUAAUCAUGGCCGUGAAAAGGACCGCCGCCGCUACACCCGGACUUCAGACCGAGGAAGCCGCUGCUAAGGGAUGGGAAAUUCCCAACUUUACUAUCAAGGAAAUUCGUGAAGCUAUCCCCGCUCAUUGCUUCAAACGCGAUACAUUUCGGUCGUUCACUUAUGUCCUUCAUGAUCUUACUAUCAUGUUUUCCUUGGGCUACCUGGCCACCUUCAUUGAUCGCAUCCCUUCACCUGUUCUUCGCUGGUCCGCAUGGUUGACCUACUGGAUCGUCCAGGGUAUCUGUAGUACCGGCCUCUGGGUCCUUGGUCACGAAUGUGGCCAUCAAGCUUUCAGUCCUUCCAAGUUAAUCAACAACAGCGUUGGCAUGGUUCUUCAUUCGGCAUUGCUGGUUCCUUAUCAUUCAUGGAGAUACUCACAUUCUAAGCAUCACAAAGCAACUGGACACAUGUCAAAGGAUCAGGUAUUUGUUCCCUCUACUCGCAGCGAAGUUGGAUUGCCUCCCCGUGAUCAAGAUCCCGAGGGUGAUGGCCCACACUCGGCCUUCGAGGAAACCCCCAUCAUGGCUCUUUGGAACAUGACUUUAAUGAUGUUAUUUGGCUGGCCAUUGUACUUGUUGACCAAUGUUUCUGGACAAGACUAUCCUGGCUGGGCUUCGCAUUUCAACCCUUAUUGCGCCAUUUUUGAAAAGAACCAGAGAUGGGACGUUGUCACUUCUACCAUCGGAAUCUUGGUGACCAUGGCUGGCCUGGCAUACUGUGGUUCCGUGUUUGGUUCUUUGGCUGUUAUCAAAUACUAUGUCAUUCCCUACCUCUUUGUUAAUUUUUGGCUUACUCUCAUCACUUACCUUCAACACACGGAUCCCAAACUUCCCCAUUACCGCGAAAACCUCUGGAACUUCCAAAGAGGAGCUGCCUUGACCGUCGAUCGCUCUUAUGGCACUAUCAUCGAUUAUUUGCAUCAUCACAUCUCCGACACCCACGUCGCUCAUCACUUUUUCUCCACCAUGCCUCAUUAUCAUGCCGAAGAAGCGACCCGCUACAUCAAGAAGGCGCUUGGCAAGCAUUACAUGUACGAUCCCACUCCUAUCGCGGUUGCUUUCUGGCGAUCAUGGAACGAGUGCCGAUUCGUUGAAGACGAAGGCGAUGUUGUUUUCUACAAGAACUAGACUUGGUCGAGCGGAGUCCAUCCCCCAUAUAUUCAUAUUCAGCAUGACCAAUAAAAAGUAAAAUCGUACCAUCAAGGUCAAACCAACCCCAACGCGCUAUUUUUCAUGUCUCGAAGUGGUUGAAUUCAUUGGUCUGCUGAGCAUAUCCCAAGUGAUUAAAAAUGUCGUGGUUUUGUAUUCUUUUUUUUUUCUUGUUUGCAGGCAGUUUGGAAAAAUCCAAAAGAUGCACGCACUGAUUGCUUCGCUGCGUUUUCAUUGGCCAAACAACUUGACCCAAAAUAGUGAGAUAUCCGGGGCAUUAUCACGCAGUUAUGCCGUCCACCAAAAAAAAAAAAAAAAAAAA